AUGAACGGUCACCACCAACACCAGCACCACCAGCAACAGCACCACCAGCAACAGCACCACCAGAACCACCACCAGCAGCGGCUAUUGGAUCAGCACCAGCGUCUCCUGGAGCAGCAACAGCGUCGUAUUCUCUCGCCGCAACAGUGCAGCCGACGUUCCACAGCCACCACCCACGCGGAAGUGUCGCCUAAUCCCGUUGCACUUCUUGCACAGUCGUCGAAACACCGUCCGCGAAUCGUGCACCUCGACAACGAGGAUGCGCUGUCGGAGGCGUUGACCGCGGACGGUUACCGGUUGGGCACGACCGUGGGCCACGGGUCGUACAGUAAAGUCCGGAUAGCGUUCCGGACGGUACCGGUGACCGCGUCGUCGUUGUACCCGUCCACGGCCCGGGUGGCGUGCAAGGUGAUCAACAAGCGGCGCGAAGGCGGCGCUUCGUCAUACGUCCGAAAGUUCUUGCCCCGGGAACUGGAUGUGUUGCGCACGGUCCGUCACCCGAACGUGGUCAGAACGCACCGGAUAUACGUGACGCCGUACACAGUGCACGUGUUCAUGGACUAUUGCGAAAAUGGUGACCUGCUCAGCUACUUGCAACACGUCAAGACCAUACCCCACUGGCAAGCGCACACGUUCUUCAGGCAGAUAUGUGAGGCCGUGGAUUACCUGCACCGAAAAAACAUAUCGCACCGGGAUAUAAAAUGUGAAAACGUGCUAUUGGAAAGCAUGCGGACAGUAAAAUUGACAGAUUUCGGGUUCGCCAGGUUGUGCGCGGACGAGAGAGGCCGGACACUGAUGAGCCAGACGUACUGCGGCAGUUCGUCAUAUGCUGCGCCCGAAGUGUUACAAGGCAUACCAUACGACCCAAUUUCCUACGACAUGUGGGCACUAGGAGUUGUGCUAUACGUGAUACUAUCCGACACCAUGCCGUUUCCGCACUCUAACCGACAGCAGAUUGUGGCAAAUCAGAUCGCUAAAAAGUUCUCCAGGCCAAAGAAACCCGUACCCCGAGAAGCGAUGAAACUUAUCACGAUUAUUUUAGAACCGGAUGUUAAUAAAAGAGCAACGAUGAAUCAAGUAAAACAUCAUCCAUGGGUUAAACAACAAAACCCAUAUCAUACUCAUUAA